AUGACCUCUCAGACCAAUAUACCAGAGGAUCUCACCAACAAUGAGAUAUAUUACAUCUUUCAAGCCCUUGACACUGUGUUAAAUGCUAUUAUACUUAAAUCUCUAUUACAUGGCAUAUACACUGGUGUUCUUGCUGUUACCCUGUGGACCAACUAUGUGAAUAAAUCUCGACCUAUUGGAAACGUUAUGAUCAUGGCCAUCAUUCUCAUCUACACCCUGACUUCCAUUGGGUUUGCUUUGAACUGGUCUUUAGUGCACUCCGCAUUCAUCACCGUGACUAACAGACAAAACUUUUGGACUGUGUAUCUGAAGCUCAACGAUGUCAGCGAUAAAGUAGUUUUGAGCAUGGGAAUCACAGGAAUCCUCUGUACCAUCCUUGCAGAUUCUAUCAUGAUCUGGCGUUGUUGGGUGAUCUGGGGAUGGAACCGGCUCAUUGUUCUCCUUCCUACUCUUUGUUUAGUCUCUAGUAUCGCAUUCAAAAGCUUCGACAUGUACAUGAUGUUCACUGACAGAAACCGACCUGACCUAUUCUACCCAGUACUUUUUGCAUCGUUCACUCUCGUUACCAUGACAUGGUGCACACUAGGCAUCGUCUACCAUAUCUUGUCCAUCGGUGGCAACCUCAGAGCUUACCGCCGCGCCAUCGAAAUCUUGGUUGAAUCUUCAACCCUUUAUUCUGUCGCCUUGAUCCUAUACGUGGCUCUCUUUGCUCACAAUGGGUGGAGUGCAAAUUACCUUGUUUCUGUAGCCACGGUUUCACGGGGAAUUGCACCUACACUUAUCGUUGGACGAGUCGCAGCGGGACACGCUCGCCCAGAUGAUUCCUGGCAGGGAAGCGUGAUGUCUUCCCUUCGCUUUGGGGGGAAUCAGAUUCCGACAAGCUCGAGGGGAAGUACUAUCGCAAGUGUCAUAACCGAUGAUGACCUCGAAGCUCAGCUUGAGAGCGAGGACGAGCACACCUACACUCAGACGUGUUUCCAGCGAGAUACUGUGCUAAGUGUCAUGGAGGACGAUGUCCUGGAACCUGAAGCCCAACCAGAGAGAGUAGCAAAUGAGCCCUGGUGUAACGGUUGUUGA